AUGUCAGGCAACAAGGAAAGGAAGAGUGAAGAAGUUCCUAAAGAUGCUGUGGGUAAAGAAGAUACAUCAUCAUUAACUGAAGUUGUAAAACAAGUUGCAAAACAACAACAAUCACAAACAUCAGAAAUAGAAAGAAACAAAAACGUUCUGUUUCAUUUACAGAAUGAACUUCAUGAGCUUGAAAAGCAAAUAGCAGCCAUCUCUGCAGAAACUAAAGAAACAGAGAGGCAAAUUUAUCAGAAGGAUGCUGCCAUAGAGAAUUCCAGACUUCAAUGUGGAAGCCUGGAAUCUCAAAUCAAGUCCUUAUAUACAGAGAAUGUGAAGCUUAAGUUUGAUAUCGAAAUGGCCCAAGAAGAUUUUGAGGAACGCAUGAUAAAAUAUAAGACUUACUAUGCAAAAAUAAAAGCACAUAAAGACAGUUUGGGGGAGAUAGAAAGCCAAUGGUCAUUUAUGAUUGAACUCUGUGAAAAACGAGAUCUAGUAAAAAAACUAAAGACAAUGAAAGAGGAACUUAUACAAGAUCUCCAAAAUCCAGAAGGGAACCAAAUGACACAAGUACAGGAAGACAUUUCAAAGCUAAAGAAUGAAAUUAUAACUGUAAAAGAAUCUAUCAUUGAAAAAACUUGUUUUCUUGAGGAAGAAAAAAGGAGACAUGAAAAAUUAACAGAAGAAAUAGAGGUGCAACAUAAGAGGUAUUAUGCAAUUCUUAAGCGUUUACAUUGUCAGGUGAACAAGCUUCAAUCAAAUAGAAGACAAUGGCAAUGGAACAUUCAACAGCUGGAAAAAACUGCAGCUGAACUAAGAAAAUGUGUUGGAAUGAAAGAGUGA